UAAAGGAAAAAUAAUAAAUAUUCUAUAUUCAAUUUCGAAAUUAUUGAAAAAUAAACAUACAGGGUGUCCCCCAAAAAUGUACACACGCACUUUGCAUGGCUAUAAAGGCAGUUGCCUAUUGAAAUACAUUUUGUUUUCAUUUAACAGCCCCUCCUCGGCUUCAACCGGGUGUGGAUGCAAAGAUGUGGGGCCAGGGCUGCCCGAAAUGAUUUUCAAGAGAGGCUGGAAAUCUGGAUUUUUAAUGCAAAAAUUGUUUCCCAAUUUUUAAGCAGGGGCUACUAAGUUUUAAACAUUAGAGAGAUGCAUUCUAUCUAACCCCUGGGUAGAAGUUGUGGAGCCGAAGGGGAGAGAUAUUAAUGUAGGUGGGAUUCUUUUUUUCUCUUUCAUUUUGUCCAUGUUAAUGCAGAUGACUGCUCUCGCACAAGAUGCAUAUGCAAGAACCCUGGGUGUUACAUAGUAACCGUGUGUACUGUAGCAUUUUCACACUCUGAUUUCUUGCAACAAAAUAACUCUUUUUCCAUGUGGAAUGAUACUUUUCAUGCCUACUCCCUGUAAUCGAUCUUAAUACCGAUUUUUUUUCCCCCCCAGAACUUUUGUUAUCUGUAGUGAGGAAUUUUUUUUCUCUUAUUUUUACUCUAGUUUGUUAUAAGACCUCAUUAUGAGUGACCAAAUCAAAUUCAUUGUGGACAAUCUCAAUAAGGAGCCUUUUAGGAAGAACUAUAAUUUAAUCACAUUUGAUUCCCUGGAGCCAAUGCAACUAUUACAAGUUCUCAAUGAUGUUCUGGCUGAGAUUGACCCAAAGCAAGUUGUUGAUAUCAGAGAGGAGAUGCCAGAGCAUACAGCCAAACGGAUGUUGAGCCUUCUUGGUAUCCUCAAGUACAAGCCUCCAGGAAAUGCCACAGACAUGAGUACCUUUCGGCAGGGUCUGGUGAUUGGAAGUAAACCUGUAAUUUACCCCGUGCUCCACUGGCUGCUUCAGAGGACUAAUGAACUGAAGAAAAGGGCAUAUUUAGCUCGUUUCUUAAUAAAAUUGGAGGUACCAAGUGAGUUUCUUCAGGAUGAAACUGUGGCUGAUACCAAUAAACAGUAUGAAGAGUUGAUGGAGGCCUUUAAAACACUGCAUAAGGACUGUGAGCAGCUUAAGUCCUCUGGAUUUUCUACAGCAGAAAUCAGAAGGGAUAUCAGCGCCAUGGAGGGGGAGAAGGAGCAGCUCGCGAAGAGAGUGGAGCGGCUGAAGAAGCGGGUGGAGACGGUCCCGAGUCACCAGCGGAUGCUCCAAACAGCGAGGCAGCUGCGAGUGGAAAAGGAGCGGGAAGGCUUUCUCGCGCAGCAGAAGCAGGAGCAGAAGAACCAGCUGUUCCACGCAGCACAGAGGCUGCAGAGAGUCCAGAACCAGCUGAAAAGCAUGCGCCACGCGGCCGCGGACGCCCGGCCCGAAAGUUUACUGAAGAGACUAGAGGAGGAGAUGAAGUUUAAUUCAUAUAUGGUGACGGAAAAGUUCCCUAAAGAAUUAGAGAACAAGAGGAAGGAACUGCACUUCUUACAGAAAGUGGUGUCAGAGCCUGCGAUGGGCCCCUCUGACCUUCUUGAGCUGGAAUCCAAAAUAAAUGAAGUAAACGCACAGAUCAAUCAGCUGAUCGAAAAGAAAAUGUUGAGAAACGAGCCCAUGGAGGGCAAGCUGUCCCUGUACAGACAGCAGGCGUCCAUCAUUUCUCGUAAAAAAGAAGCCAAAGCGGAGGAACUCCAGGAGACAAAGGAGAAGCUAGCCAGCCUGGAGCGGGAGGUGUCCGCGAAGACGGACCAGGCCCGGGAGCUUGAUGGCACCGAAGUCCUGAAGGGAGACGAGUUCAAGCGAUACGUCAGUAAACUGCGGAGCAAGAGCACGGUUUUCAAAAAGAAGCAUCAGAUAAUAGCCGAGUUUAAAGCCGAGUUCGGGCUCCUGCAGAGGACGGAGGAGCUCCUCAGGCAGCGCCACGAGAACAUCCAGCGCCAGCUGCAAACCAUCGAGGAUAAAAGGGGUAUAUCUGGGUACAGCUACACCCAGGAAGAGCUGGAGAGGGUGUCCGCGCUGAAGAGCGAGGUUGACGACGCGAAGGGGCGCACGCUGGACGACAUGUCGGAAAUGGUCAGAAAACUGAACUCACUGGUAUCUGAAAAGAAGUCCGCCCUGGCCCCCGUCAUAAAAGAGCUGCGGCAACUGCGUCAAAAAUGCCAAGAGCUAACCCAGGAGUGUGACGAAAAGAAAGCCCAGUAUGACAGCUGUGCCGCAGGCCUCGAAAGCAACCGGUCCAAGUUAGAGCAGGAGGUCAGAGGGCUCCGAGAAGAGUGUCUCCAGGGAGAAAGCAAAUACCAUUACACAAACUGCAUGAUUCGGAGUCUCCAGGUGCAGCUGCACCGUGCAACGGAGGAGAUGAAGGCCUACGUCUCUCCCGAUCAACAGGAAAAGAGAAAGGCCAUCAGGGAACAGUAUACGAAAAAUAUUGCUGAACAGGAAAACCUUGGAAAGAAACUUCGGGAGAAACAGAAAGCUGUACGAGAAAGUCACGGUCCAAAUAUGAAACAAGUGAAAAUGUGGCGAGAUUUCGAGCAGCUGAUGGAAUGUAAGAAACAGUGCUUUCUGAAACAAAACCAGACUUCCAUCGGGCAGGUAAUUCAGGAGGGCGGAGAGGACCGCCUGGUGCUCUGACCGCGCGUCCUCGCGGGGUCUUAGUUGGCACGACUCCCUCCAAGCAUCUCCCACGAGCAUUUAUUUUCUCCAGAGUGGUUUGUGCAACACUUUGCUUUCCGAUUAGCCACUCCCUGUUAAACUUUCUUGGAAAAUAAUGUUAAGGCAGAUUACGGUUUUAAAGUUUUUUUAAAACGGAAAAAAAGGCUUUUAUUAGUUUAGACAUCAGGGUGUCUUCUGAGUUUUAUGAGACAGGAGACGAAGUUCACUGUAUGUCAUGUAAUCAUAUGUCCAUUAAGAAACGUGUUGUUUUUUAAAAAUGUGGUGACCCAAUGGCUUAAUGUUUUUCUUAAUCUUUUUUUAACUUUAGAAGAAUCUUUUAGGAACUAAUAUCUCUUGUUUUGAAGAAACAUUUAUGUGAAGUUCAGCAAUUCCUACAGUUUCACUUCAAUUUCUUUUUCUUCUGUCAAAUUCAAGAAAAUUUAAUCUUUUGAAUAACAUAUUUGUUCUAUCCAUAUUAUUUAAAGGCAAAUAAAACUUGGUGUACAUA